UAAUAAAAAUAUAUUUUUUUAACAAUGGCCAAACUUUAUAUUCAAGUUUUUGUUCAACAACAGGAACAUGAGUGUUUUAGCUAUCAUGUCACUUUGGAAUCAGUGAUUACACUGCUCACUUACAAAUAUUGCAAUUCCAAGAUAUUGUUAUAUUUUGCCAAGUCCUAUAGCACUGCCCCAACUCUAAGUUUUGGAAUAGACUUACUACAAUUUAAUUUUAAUUGGCUUAAUGAAACUAAUUUAGAACCAAUUGUUAAAUCAUGUGCCUUGCCAAUAAUUUUGAUUGGUUCAAGUGCUGUUGUGGCUGGUUUAUGUAGUGUGUGCAGAAAAAUAGUUAUGUUGUCACAACAAACAUGUGAACAAGAAAAUAUAGCAAAAUUGUUGGGAUUCAAAAAUGCAUGUCUUAUGUCUCCUAAUGAAGCAUCCAUGUGGACUAAAUUUUGUGAAAUUGAUAUGAUAAGUGCAUUAAAAUCAGUAAUUCAAUCAAUUGGUUGUAAUUUUAACAAUGGAUUGUUUUCAAUUCCAAAAGAUAUAGCUAGAUUUGAGCAUCAUUUAGGGCAACCUGUAAGGCUUCAUAAUAUAUAUAAGGUUGCCCAAGAUUUAUUGAAGGACAAAAAAAUUACAUCAGAAACAGUUCCAAGGAAUCUGACGAGUGGCUCAAACGCAAAAGUUGAUCAAUUUCCAUUAACUUAUAAGUAUGCAGAGGGAAUAGAAAUGACUCUUUCGGAUGUAAUCAUAUUCCCAUGUUUUUAUAUUCUAUUCCACUAUGUAAGUUUGCAAAUAUUGUCUGAAAAAAUGCCUCUGAUUAUUAAUUGGUAUAAACAAAUUUCAUUGGAGAAUGAUGGAUCUUUGAUGAAAUCUAUAAAAUUUCUGCAUAUUCCACAAAAUCCAUGUGAACCCAAUGCAACUCUUCUUCCUUCUGUUGAAGGGUACAGUUUAUAUAAAAGUAAUCCAAAGCACUACAAAUGUAGAAAUAAAAAUUAUACUAAACAGAAUGAUAUAGAUAAUGUAUUAAAACUCCUUGCAAACGUACCAUUAGAUAUUAAAAAAUCUGUAAAAGGAUCUUUUUAUACAAAGAACUUGGAUUGGAAUUCUCUUCCAUUCGAUGCACUUCCUGAGGGUGGACAUCUGCCAGAAAAGAGACGAGUGCGUAAAUUUCAGCAGCUAGAAAACCUUGCAAAAGCGGCUAUUGAAAUUGCCAAGCCUGGUGAUCAUAUUAUUGAUUUUUGUAGUGGAAGUGGUCAUUUAGGUAUAAUAAUAGCCUUCAUGCUGCCUCAAUGUCAUAUCUCUCUUUUAGAAAAUAAAGAAGAGUCUAUGAACAGAGCAAAGUCAAGAGUAUCUAAACUUGGUUUGAAUAAUGUUUCAUUUCUUCAGUGCAAUUUAGACUUCUUUAAAGGAGAAUUCCAAAUAGGAGUCUCCUUACAUGCAUGUGGAGUUGCUACAGAUUUAGUAAUGCAACAUUGCAUAGAAAGAGAGGCCAAAUUUAUAUGUUGCCCUUGUUGUUAUGGAAGUGUUCACCAAUGUCAUCAUUUAGAAUAUCCAAGAAGUAAGGUUUACAAAGAGCAUCUUAAACUACAUGAGUAUUUAAUUUUAGGUCAUGGCGCAGAUCAAACUCAUGAUGCUGAGAAUGCUAAAACUGCACAAGGUGAAAUAUGCAUGGAUUUUAUAGAUAAAGAUAGAAUAUUAUAUGCUCAGGAGUUCGGAUACAGUGUUAUUCUUCAGAAACUUGAUCCACCUACUUGUACACCAAAAAAUAAUUUACUGAUUGGCUUAAAGCAAAUGUUGGAGUAAUUGGCUAUAAUGUGAUAUUCAAGCUUGCACAGUGCCAAUAAUUUGAAAAAAGAGGAAUGAUAGUUUCUGGAAUAACAUACUAAAUUUAAUAUGUAGCAGAAAAUAUUUUUAGUAACAGGACAUAAAUUUUUAAAAUAUUUGGAUUUUAUAAAAUUGUUUGUAUGUAUUUUGAAAAUUCUAAAAUGUUAUAUUGAAAUA